AACGAGCCAAUAAACGAAGAGAAUAAGUUGAAUCUACGGAUCUCAGCUUUGGGGAUAUUCUGUGUAGGUGAGGUUUAUGAGCCUGCAGUGCGAAUACUUAAAGCAGUUCAAUCAUCUCUUUUCCAUCUCUCUCCUAGCCAUAUCAUUUCAUCGGGCUAGCAUCAGCUUUUAGCACUCAGUCAGUCUAUCAUCAAGUAAACUAACCAAAUACGUCUUCCAUCAUGUCAACUGCAAUCGCUUUACAAGAUAUGGGCACGUCUCAGAAUGGGGAGAAGGGCACAAUCCGCCAUCGCACAAUAUCAAAAUCACAUACCAAGUCCAGCAUAUCUUCCGAAGAUGACCUAUGGAUCGACACACCACACGACACCGAAUGCUCCAAACUACCUCUCGACACUCGCCCCCUCGCCCCAACAGCCGUGUACUGGAUCUCACCACAUGGCUUGCUCACCAAGAAAAUCACAGUCCUUGACCUGACAAAGGAUAUGAGCGUAUCCUACUCGGGUAUGACCAAUGAAUACAAGGAGGAGGUCAAGAAAACCUUGAAAGACCACUCGUUCUCACCCGCAAUUACCUGUCAUCGAAACAACUGGCUCGGCCUAAAGUACAACGUUACAGACGACCAAGACAACAAUAUAGCACAUUGGUCACACCAUUGGACCUCUGUCGGCGAAGCUAUUCUCACAUUUGCCGACAAUUCCCCACACUCGUCCCAUCCCAUCAGCCUUCGGAACAAGCGCUGGGGCUUACGCACCGAGUCCUUUGUACUCGAUUCCGUGCCAUACUUUUGGGAAAUGGAUAGCUUGUGGCACUCAAAGAAUAUGACACUGUACAGAGUGGUCGGAUCAGAGGAGCACCAUAAAAAGACCGAGGUUGCAAAGUACGCGCAGAAGUGGUGGGGUAGUUUUGUUACAGGCGGCACGCUUGUGGUGGAUGAGAAGGCACUGGACGGAGUUGUGGCGUGUUUAAGCCUCGUGGUGGUCCUCAAGAAAAAGAGGCAGAGGGCUGCUGAAAGACACAAUGGUGCAGAAUAGAGACUUGAACACGAAAGUAGCCGACUUUGGUGUUUGAUGUUCAUUCAUAGCCUAGGGCCUGCCUUUUCAACUUAUGAUCUUAUAGUGUAUUCCUGAAAUUCAUAUAUAUUACUUCAUUUCUCG